UAAUGAGUACCUUAUCCACCAUUUGUCAGAAACACAUCAAACAUAUAGAAGGUAUCUUAUCAAUAAAAUACUUAGCAUUCUGUUCCGAUGAUUGUUCUUUAUUAUGUAUUAAUUGCAUUCUCUACGAUGGUCAUAAAGGCCAUUAGUUUCAAUCACUAGAAGAUGUAUUCCCUAUCCCUCUAUUUAGAGUUUAAGAUUAGAAUUAAAUAGAUUCUACUCCAUCUCUGAAAAUGUUCAAUUAAAUCACUAGAAAGCCAUUAAACAAUUUCAAUAGUUAGCAUAAAUGAAUGACCAACUCGAUAUAGACUAUCAAAGACUCAACAUAGAAAUCACCAAAUUCUUCAAUUCAAUUCGUCAAUCCAUAUAAGAGCGAGAAUCUAGACUUCAAGAACAAGUAUACUACUUAUCCAACUAUCUAUUAGUUAAAUUAGUCACUCAUCAACUAGAGACAAUAGAUUUCUUAAAAUCAAUCAAAGAUCCAAGUUCAAUUAUAGGAUAUAAAUGAUUAUUUACAAGAACUAUCUGAAUUAGAUGAAAAGUCUUAGGAUCCUAUAAAAUUUCUAUAGACAACUCAAAAUAGAACUAAACUCAUUAAUAAAUUACCUAAAUCCAUAGUUACAAUUGAUUAGACUAUAAAAUUCCCUGAACUUAAUAAAGAAUUAGAGAAUUAAAACCUAAUUAAAGUUUUAUCAAAAAAAGUCAAUUCUCAAUAAGUCUUGCCACCUCCACCUACAUAAUAGACUGCAUCCACUCAAUAAAAAAUAGUUUAAUCUAUAAAAAAAUAGAGUAAUAAUAAUUAGUAGUAACAAUCUUAUAAUGCUCAAUAUCAAUAAUAAUAGAAUUAAAUUCUUUAAUUAUAAUCAUAAUAACAAAAAAAAAUGAAUUAAUCUAAAAAAGUACCAUUAUGUGAAACUAAUGGACCUUGUGCUGUUUAAAUUAAUUUAAAAAAAAAGGUUGAAGAAAAAUAAAAUAAUUAAGUGAGAUUAACAAACUUUUAGGAAGCUAGAAAUUAAAUGAAAGAAAGAAAUUAUGAUAAAAGUAUAGAAAGAAGAAAAGAUAGAGAUCAUAGUACUCCUAGAAGAUUAUUUAAGAAUUAAUCAAAAGUUAGUUAAGAUCCUUAAUCUCCAUUUUUAAAUUAAGAUGAUUCAAAAUAAGAAAUGAAUACAUUUUUAAAUUCAAUUCAUGAUUUCGAACCUGAAUUGACUAAUGUUAGUCAUAUGUCAAUGGAUUAUUAAUAUAUCACAAUAGGUGGUUUUGUUGAUAGUUUAAAAUAAAUAGUUGAAAAAUAUGAUAUAAAAACAGAUUAUCCUAGUGAGAAAGAUUAAUUAAAAAAUAAUAGAUGUAAAUUUGGAAUUGCACAUUUAAUUAAUGGAAAUGUUUUAUUAAUAGGAGGCAAAGUUGAUGGAGUUCGUAUUGAUACUUGUGAAGAAUAUAAUUAUAAGGAUAAAAAGGUUAUUCCAUCAAAAAUAAAAUUACCAUCUUCUAGAAGUGGAUUCGGAACAUUAAAUGUAAAUUAAUUUAUUUAUGUAAUUGGUGGUAAUGAUGGUUAAGGUAAUUAAAAUUAUUAAUUUUUUUAGAAAAUUUAAAAGAUUUUGAUUGUUUUAAUUAAAUUGAUAAUAAUUGGAUUAAAUUUCCAUCAAUGAUUGAAGCUAGAGAUGAAUUAGCUGUUUGCAUGUAUGAAAAUGCCAUAUUUGCCAUAGGAGGAUUUGGAGGUUAAUGUAUAUAAAUAUAAUUAUCUAAUUUAGUCAACACUUGUCUAAAAACUGUUGAAGUAUUUACUUCAGGGAAAUGGGGUCAUUGUGCUCCAUUAAAUAUACCAAGAAGAGCAUUAGCAGGUGUUUCAUUACCUGAUGGUAUUUAUGCAAUUGGAGGGUUUGAUGGAACUUAAUAUUUAAAUAGUGUAGAAAAAUAUGAGGAUGGUAGAUGGACAUUAAUAGAGUCUAUGAUUCAUCCUAGAUGCACAUUAUCAGCAUUACCAACUCCUGAUAAUUAAUAUAUCUAUGUAUUUGGAGGAUUUGAUAAUGGUCCUCUGGAUUCAGUUGAAAAGUAAGAUUAUAUAUUUAAUUAAUAGAUAUUCAGUGUUGAGUGGAAAUUGGGAAGAAAUAAAUUCAUUAAUGGCUAAGAGAUUUAUGCAUUAAACUUUUAUUACACUUGUAUGA